AUGAAUUUCUCCCCACCACUUCAGCUCAUCAAAUCUACCCAGUUCUGGUUCUCCGAUGGCAACGUUAUCCUCGUCUCGAAGCCACAUAUGGGUUUCAAAGUUCAUCGAGGGCAACUGGCACGCCACUCCGACGUAUUCAGCACUUUAUUCGACAUCCCCCAACCUCCCGACCAACCUCUCAUUGACGGUUGCCCCUUCGUCGAACUCCACGAUAAUCCCUUGGACCUUGCGCAUUUCCUGAAGGCUUUGUACGACGGAAUAUACUUUUCUGGGCCCAAAGCGGGCGAUUUUCCAGCGGUAGCGGGCGUUCUCCGUCUGUCCACCAAAUAUUUCGUGGAACAUCUGCGGCAACAGUGCCUACAGCGCCUUCACCACGAUUGGCCAGCCACCCUAGUGGAGUGGGAUCGGCGCGAAGACGCAGCGACCACCGCCAAUGGCCAGUACUCCCCAAGGGUAUACUACCCCCAUCCAAUCCUUGUCAUCCAACUUGCGAUGGAGCUGGAUAUCCCAUCUAUCGCCCCCGCAGCAUUCUACGACCUCGCCCGCUACGGACCGACGAAGAUCUUGGCUGGCAUUAACGCCCUCCAGCCAGCCUGUGAUCAAGAACCCCAACUCGGAAUCUCGUCAAGGACCCAAGAGCUGCUCGUUCGUACGUUCUGCGGACGCGAAUCCGGUCAACGCUACAUCGCCGACUUCCUCGCUAGAGAGCUUGAAGAUCGUCCCCUAAGCAGGGCAUGCGCUAAUCGAGACGUCACACUCGGCGCCGUCAGCCACGCUGACUCUGGACGCUUAGGGAUCAACGAUUGCUACGAAUCGUUCUAUUACAUCCUCUUGAACAUCCUGCGUGCGAUUGGGGGGAUCGCCAGUGGACGAGACGCCGAUCCGGUGUUUACGCUCAAGCAAACAAAGGAAAUGUUGAGUAGGACGGACUUUUCGGAUGGGAGUGAGGAUGGAAAGAUGUGUGGGUUGAGAAUGUGUGGAGCGUGUAGAGAGGAAUUCGAGAAGUGUGUCGGGAGGGCGAGGGAGAAGGCUUGGCAGUCAAUACCAGGUUGGUUUGAUGUUAGUGAGACUUGGAGAAGUGCGCGUGGCUCAGUCGAGGGCACGGCAGUCCCAUGGUAG